AUGAAUCAACCCUGUAGUUGCUCUUUUUCUGCUUUUGAAGCAGUCCCUGAGUUGCAAAAACAAACGCAAAUCGACUUUGAAAGCAUAUUGCGUGUCAGUACACGUGUCUCUGAUCAGUGGGCUGAAAUCAUUGGCUGCGAACGCUGUCGCACCGAUUUCACCACCCUGGUGAUAAUAACAACAGCUGCGGAGCGACUGCUUACCUUGUACACGGCCGUAUGCAAGGCUUACGGGCUUUCAGAAAAGCAGUUCGAUCCUCCCGGCAACAGACUUGAUGCACACCCGCAUGAGAGCACUUCAUCAGCAGAAGGGGCCACUGCCACGACACAGACGGGUACAACGUACCCUGUGUGCGCGCAUAGUAUGAUGAAAUUCGGGAAACUUUCUUUAGAAGGGGACGAUGCAAGGUUGUUAGCGCAUGUUCUUUUGAGCCGCAGCUUGGUCAGACUUGGAGAACUACUUGAGAGCUACACUUGUUUGGCAUUUGGUGAUAACACCAUAACAAGUAAGGACGAUGUUGUGGUCGCAUGCGAAUCAUCGCUAGUAGAGACGAUGGAAAAGUUAACUCUCCUAGUGGCGCAGGUGAAAAUUUAG